AUGAAACUUGGCACACUGAAAGCAAAUGGAGCCGGGCCGUGGGUGCCCCCCGCCGGGAUGAUUAACCCGUCGGUGCCGAUCCGCAAUAUUCGGAUGAAAUUCGCCGUCCUCAUCGGACUCAUCCAGGUCGGGGAGGUCAGCAACCGGGACAUCGUGGAGACGGUGCUGAACCUGCUGGUUGGUGGCGAAUUUGAUCUAGAGAUGAACUUUAUCAUCCAGGAUGCAGAGAGCAUUACGUGCAUGUCAGAGCUUUUGGAGCACUGUGAUGUAACGUGCCAGGCAGAAAUCUGGAGUAUGUUCACAGCAAUUCUGCGUAAAAGUGUCCGCAACUUACAGACUAGCACAGAAGUUGGCCUAAUAGAACAGGUACUGCUGAAGAUGAGUACUGUGGACGACAUGAUUGCAGAUCUUCUAGUUGAUAUGUUGGGGGUUCUUGCCAGCUACAGCAUCACUGUCAAAGAGUUGAAGCUUUUGUUCAGCAUGCUUCGAGGCGAAAAUGGAAUUUGGCCAAGACAUGCAGUUAAACUGUUAUCAGUCCUUAAUCAGAUGCCACAGAGACAUGGACCUGAUACCUUUUUCAACUUCCCAGGCUGUAGUGCUGCAGCGAUUGCAUUGCCUCCUAUUGCUAAGUGGCCUUACCAGAAUGGGUUUACUCUUAACACCUGGUUUCGUAUGGAUCCACUAAACAAUAUCAAUGUAGAUAAGGAUAAACCCUAUCUCUAUUGUUUUCGCACUAGCAAAGGUGUUGGGUAUUCUGCUCAUUUUGUUGGCAACUGCUUAAUAGUUACAUCACUGAAGUCAAAAGGCAAAGGUUUCCAGCACUGUGUGAAGUAUGACUUUCAGCCACGCAAGUGGUACAUGAUAAGCAUUGUACACAUCUAUAAUCGCUGGAGGAACAGUGAAAUACGAUGUUACGUGAAUGGUCAACUGGUAUCCUAUGGUGACAUGGCCUGGCAUGUUAACACAAAUGAUAGUUAUGAUAAAUGUUUUCUUGGCUCUUCGGAGACUGCUGAUGCUAACAGAGUGUUCUGUGGCCAGCUUGGAGCAGUAUAUGUAUUCACUGAAGCACUCAACCCAGCACAGAUUUUUGCUAUACAUCAAUUAGGACCUGGUUAUAAGAGCACAUUCAAAUUUAAAUCUGAAAGUGACAUUCAUCUGGCUGAGCACCAUAAACAAGUGCUGUAUGAUGGGAAACUUGCAAGUAGCAUUGCUUUUACUUAUAAUGCGAAGGCUACUGAUGCUCAGUUAUGCCUCGAAUCCUCACCAAAGGAAAAUCCUUCAAUUUUUGUACACUCCCCCCAUGCUCUUAUGCUUCAGGAUGUGAAAGCUAUUGUUACCCACUCCAUUCACAGCGCAAUUCAUUCCAUUGGAGGGAUUCAAGUUCUUUUUCCUCUCUUUGCCCAGCUAGACAAUCGACAGCUGCAUGACAGCCAAGUGGAAACAACAGUUUGUGCCACGCUAUUGGCUUUCUUGGUUGAACUUCUUAAGAGUUCAGUAGCCAUGCAAGAACAAAUGCUUGGUGGAAAAGGCUUUCUAGUCAUUGGCUACCUCCUUGAAAAGUCAUCUAGAGUUCAUAUAACUAGAGCAGUUCUGGAACAAUUUUUGUCAUUUGCGAAAUAUUUGGAUGGAUUGUCUCAUGGAGCACCUCUACUAAAGCAAUUAUGUGAUCACAUCCUUUUUAAUCCUGCAAUCUGGAUCCAUACCCCUGCCAAGGUGCAGCUGUCUUUGUAUACCUAUUUAUCAGCUGAAUUCAUUGGAACUGCUACGAUUUAUAACACCAUACGCAGAGUAGGAACAGUGCUGCAGCUAAUGCACACACUGAAAUACUACUACUGGGUGGUUAAUCCUGCUGAUAGCAGUGGCAUUACUCCUAAAGGAUUGGAUGGUCCUCGGCCCUCACAGAAAGAAAUCAUAUCACUAAGGGCUUUCAUGCUGCUGUUUUUGAAACAACUUAUAUUGAAGGAUCGGGGAGUGAAAGAAGAUGAACUGCAGAGUAUAUUAAAUUACUUAUUAACAAUGCAUGAGGAUGAAAAUAUUCAUGAUGUGCUGCAGCUGCUAGUGGCACUAAUGUCCGAACAUCCAGCGUCCAUGAUACCUGCCUUUGAUCAAAGAAAUGGGAUACGUGUAAUUUAUAAAUUACUGGCUUCCAAAAGUGAGAGUAUAUGGGUGCAAGCUUUGAAGGUCCUUGGAUAUUUUCUUAAACACUUGGGUCAUAAGCGAAAAGUUGAAAUCAUGCAUACUCACAGUCUUUUCACUCUUCUUGGAGAAAGAUUAAUGCUGCAUACCAAUACAGUGACCGUUACAACGUAUAACACACUUUAUGAGAUUUUGACAGAACAAGUGUGCACUCAAGUUGUUCAUAAACCACAUCCAGAGCCAGAUUCUACAGUGAAAAUCCAGAAUCCAAUGAUUCUCAAGGUGGUGGCAACACUGUUAAAAAACUCCACGCCAAGUGCAGAACUGAUGGAAGUCCGACGUUUGUUCUUAUCUGAUAUGAUAAAACUCUUUAGUAAUAGCCGUGAAAACAGAAGAUGUUUACUUCAGUGUUCAGUGUGGCAGGACUGGAUGUUUUCUCUGGGAUACAUUAACCCUAAGAACUCUGAAGAACAGAAGAUCACAGAGAUGGUUUACAACAUUUUCCGUAUUCUGUUGUAUCAUGCAAUAAAAUAUGAAUGGGGAGGCUGGAGAGUGUGGGUGGAUACUCUUUCUAUAGCUCAUUCCAAGGUCACAUAUGAGGCUCACAAGGAGUAUCUAGCAAAAAUGUAUGAAGAGUAUCAAAGGCAAGAGGAAGAAAACAUUAAAAAGGGGAAGAAGGGAAAUGUGAGCACCAUCUCAGGUCUUUCCUCACAGACAACAGGAGCAAAAGGUGGAAUGGAAAUUCGAGAGAUAGAAGACCUUUCACAGAGCCAAAGUCCAGAAAGUGAAACGGAUUACCCUGUCAGUACAGAUACGAGGGACUUGCUCAUGGCUACAAAGGUGUCAGAGGAUGUGCUUGGAAGUGCUGAGAGACCAGGAGGAGGAGUGCAUGUUGAAGUUCAUGACCUUUUAGUUGAUAUAAAAGCUGAAAAGGUAGAAGCGACUGAAGUAAAACUUGAUGAUAUGGAUUUAUCACCAGAGACACUGGUAACUGGAGAAAAUGGUGCUCUUGUGGAAGUAGAAUCUCUUCUAGACAAUGUAUAUAGUGCUGCUGUUGAGAAGCUCCAAAACAAUGUUCACGGAAGUGUGGGUAUCAUUAAGAAGAAUGAGGAAAAAGAUAAUGGUCCAUUAAUAACUCUGGCUGAUGAGAAAGAUGAACCUUCUACUAACAGUACCUCAUUUAUCUUUGAUAAAAUUCCUAGUCAAGAGGAGAAACUUCUACCUGAACUUUCAAGUAAUCACAUUUCUAUUCCAAAUGUCCAGGAGACACAAAUGCAUCUUGGUGUAAAUGAUGAUUUAGGUUUGCUUGCACAUAUGACGGGUAGUGUAGAUGUAACAUGUGCCUCAAGUAUAAUAGAGGACAAGGAAUUUAAGAUUCACACAACUUCAGAUGGAAUGAGUAGCAUUUCUGAGAGGGAAUUGGCUUCAUCAUCUAAAGGAUUAGAAUAUGCUGAAAUGACUGCCACAACUCUUGAAACAGAGUCUUCUGGUAGCAAAACUGUACCUAGUGUUGAUGCAGGAAGUAUAAUAUCAGAUACAGAAAGAUCCGAUGAUGGUAAGGAGGCAGGAAAAGAGAUUCGGAAAAUCCAGACAACUACCACAACACAGGCGGUACAGGGUCGAUCUGUCACCCAGCAAGACCGGGAUUUACGUGUUGACUUGGGGUUCCGAGGAAUGCCAAUGACGGAAGAGCAGCGACGACAGUUCAGUCCAGGCCCACGCACAACUAUGUUUCGUAUUCCAGAGUUUAAAUGGUCUCCCAUGCACCAGCGACUUCUGACAGACUUGCUUUUUGCACUAGAAACCGAUGUACAUGUUUGGAGAAGUCACUCCACAAAGUCUGUGAUGGACUUUGUCAAUAGCAAUGAAAAUAUUAUUUUUGUACACAACACAAUACACCUCAUUUCCCAGAUGGUAGACAAUAUUAUUAUUGCUUGUGGAGGAAUUUUACCAUUGCUGUCAGCAGCCACGUCCCCAACUGGUUCUAAGACUGAAUUGGAAAAUAUUGAAGUGACACAAGGGAUGUCAGCAGAGACAGCAGUAACUUUUCUCAGCCGUCUGAUGGCAAUGGUUGAUGUGCUGGUGUUUGCCAGUUCUCUAAAUUUUAGUGAGAUUGAAGCUGAAAAAAACAUGUCUUCUGGAGGUCUGAUGCGACAGUGCCUAAGGCUUGUUUGUUGUGUGGCUGUGAGAAACUGCUUAGAAUGUCGGCAAAGGCAGAGAGAGAGAGUGAACAAGACGUCAUUAAUCAGCAGUAAAACUCAAGAUGCUCUUCAGGGUGUGACUGCAUCAGCAGCAACCAAGACUCCCCUUGAAAAUGUCCCUGGCAAUCUUUCUCCUAUAAAAGACCCUGAUAGGCUUCUUCAGGAUGUUGAUAUUAAUCGUCUACGAGCAGUUGUUUUUCGUGAUGUGGAUGACAGCAAACAGGCUCAGUUCUUAGCUCUGGCAGUAGUGUACUUUAUUUCUGUUCUGAUGGUCUCCAAAUACCGUGAUAUACUGGAGCCACAACGAGAAACUGCAAGAUCUGGGAGCCAGGCAGGUAGAAAUAUCAGACAAGAAAUAAAUUCACCAACAAGUACAGUUGUGGUCAUACCAUCUAUCCCUCACCCAAGUUUGAACCAUGGAUUCCUUGCCAAGUUAAUUCCUGAGCAGAGCUUUGCCCACUCAUUUUACAAAGAGACGCCAACUGUAUUUCCAGAAAAUAUCAAAGAUAAAGAAACACCAACACCAGUUGAAGAUAUUCAGCUGGAAAGCUCUAUUCCUCAUACAGAUUCUGGAAUUGGAGAUGAACAGAUGCCCAGUAUUUUGAAUGGGACAGACUUGGAGACCAGUACAGGCCCUGAUGCUAUGAGCGAGCUGUUGUCUACUUUAUCUUCAGAAGUGAAGAAGUCUCAGGAGAGCUUAACUGAAAGCCCCAGUGAAAUUCUUAAACCAGCGUCAUCAAUAUCCAGUAUCAGCCAAAGUAAAGGCAUCAAUGUCAAGGAAAUACUGAAAAGUCUUGUGGCAGCCCCUGUUGAAAUUGCAGAAUGUGGUCCGGAUCCAAUCCCUUACCCAGAUCCUGCACUGAAGAGAGAAGCUCAGGCUAUUCUUCCCAUGCAGUUUCACUCAUUUGACAGGAGUGUGGUUGUACCAGUAAAGAAACCCCCUCCAGGUAGUCUGGCUGUUACUACAGUUGGAGCUGCCACAGCUGGGAGUGGACUGCCACCGGGUAGUACACCUAAUAUAUUUGCUGCAACAGGAGCUACACCAAAAAGUAUGAUUAAUACAACAGGUGCAGUAGACUCAGGAUCUUCUUCUUCCUCUUCGUCAUCCAGCUUUGUGAAUGGUGCUACCAGCAAAAAUCUCCCAGCUGUCCAAACUGUUGCUCCAAUGCCAGAGGAUUCAGCUGAAAACAUGAGUAUCACUGCAAAGCUUGAGAGAGCUUUAGAAAAGGUGGCCCCGCUCCUGCGAGAAAUUUUUGUUGACUUUGCCCCUUUCCUGUCCCGAACAUUGUUGGGAAGUCAUGGACAAGAGCUGUUGAUUGAAGGUCUGGUUUGUAUGAAGUCGAGUACUUCAGUGGUUGAACUUGUUAUGCUGCUGUGUUCACAGGAAUGGCAAAAUUCUAUUCAGAAGAAUGCAGGACUUGCAUUUAUUGAGCUCAUCAAUGAAGGAAGAUUAUUAUGUCAUGCAAUGAAAGACCAUAUAGUGCGUGUUGCAAAUGAAGCAGAAUUUAUUUUAAACCGACAAAGAGCUGAAGAUGUCCACAAGCAUGCUGAGUUUGAGUCACAGUGUGCUCAGUAUGCUGCUGACAGAAGAGAAGAGGAGAAAAUGUGUGAUCAUCUUAUCAGUGCUGCUAAGCAUCGAGAUCAUGUUACAGCCAAUCAGCUGAAACAGAAGAUACUCAACAUACUAACAAAUAAGCAUGGUGCCUGGGGGGCUGUUUCUCACAGCCAACUGCAUGACUUCUGGCGCUUGGAUUACUGGGAAGAUGAUCUGCGCCGGCGGAGGCGAUUUGUUCGCAAUGCUUUUGGGUCUACUCAUUCUGAUGCUCUUCUAAAAGCUGCUGUGGAAUAUGGCACUGAAGAGGAUGUAGUGAAGUCAAAGAAGACUUUCCGAAGUCAAGCUGUGGUGAAUCAAAAUGCAGAAACAGAGCUUAUGCUGGAAGGAGACGAUGAUGCUGUCAGCCUGCUCCAAGAGAAGGAGAUUGACAACCUUGCAGGCACGACUCGUCCCAGUCCGAUUCGCGGGGAUGCUUUUCGCAUUCGUAUGAAACCAGAGUCUUCAUGUGAUAAUUAUUCAGGGGCUGGCCCGGCAGCUCCAGGUGACGGUCCCGUUGAAGCCUUCCGCCUUGACCUCCGCCACCCGGUUGGGUCCCGGCCAGGGGAUGUGGGGAAGCGGCCAGUGGGCAGCACUCCGCGGCCAGAUCCCCGUGCAUUUGAACGCCGGAGUGAUCUGCACGACGUACCUAUCCCUGAUUCUCAGCUUCACUUCGCUGGUGUCCGCCACCAUCUUUACCACGUCUCUGUAACUGCACUUAUCCACGGCUUGAGCCACCAGCGUCUGAAAUCUGGACCGGAUUUUGCGAGCGGAGAGAUACAGCACGACUUCAAACUCCGUGGGGGAGAUGACUUCCAACCCCUCGUAGCGAUUGUCCAUCUCGUUCAAAGAACUGAUGAAGCGAGGCUCCUGUACCUCCACCUCCUUCAGCACGUCCGACACCACUUUGCAGACUUCUCGGAUCGUUUUGGCGAUGGCAGCUUUCCUGGCUUGGCAUUUCUCGUUGUAGUAUUUAUUCAGAUGAUACACCAGCUUGGCCUGGGCCGCGAUCAUGUUGGGGCAGAGAUCCGGAUUGAAAAUGGGGCUAGGGCUGCCUUGGGGAGCCGCGCUGAGAACCUGCAGGUGACAGGUCGCCCCGAAGAAGCUUUUUCCUCUUCCCGGCGGCAGUCCCCUGGCCGGCGGCGGAAGGGCGACCGCUUUCUGGAUGUUUCGGCCGAAGAGGAGCUAGUUUCCUUCCGGCUUUUCUCCCUGCUCCGGGUCCUCGCCUAUACAGAAGGCCUUCAUGGAAAAUGGAUGUUCAGCGAGAUUCGGGCUGUGUUUUCAAGACGUUAUCUUCUCCAGAACACAGCUUUGGAAGUGUUUAUGGCAAACAGAACUUCUGUUAUGUUUAAUUUUCCUGACCAAGCAACAGUGAAAAAAGUUGUGUACAGCUUGCCACGUGUUGGAGUAGGAACCAGCUAUGGUUUACCACAAGCCAGGAGAAUCUCUCUGGCCACUCCCCGACAGCUUUAUAAAUCCUCCAACAUGACUCAGCGCUGGCAGAGACGGGAGAUAUCUAACUUUGAAUACUUGAUGUUCCUCAAUACUAUAGCAGGACGAACAUACAAUGAUCUGAACCAAUAUCCUGUAUUUCCGUGGGUUUUAACAAACUAUGAGUCUGAAGAUUUAGACCUGACCCUUCCAGGCAACUUCAGGGAUCUUUCAAAGCCUAUUGGUGCUUUGAACCCAAAGAGAGCAGUCUUCUAUGCAGAACGGUAUGAAACAUGGGAAGAUGAUCAGACUCCACCUUAUCAUUACAACACCCACUACUCUACGUCUACUUCUACAUUGGCUUGGCUUGUUCGUAUUGAGCCCUUUACAACAUUCUUCCUAAAUGCAAAUGAUGGCAAAUUUGACCACCCAGAUCGAACCUUCUCUUCAGUAGCCAGGUCUUGGAGAAACAGCCAAAGAGAUACCUCAGAUGUGAAGGAGUUAAUUCCAGAGUUUUACUACCUACCAGAGAUGUUUGUCAACAGUAAUGGCUAUAAUCUAGGGAUCAGAGAGGAUGAGGUUGUUGUGAAUGAUGUUGAUCUCCCCCCAUGGGCCAAGAAGCCUGAAGACUUUGUCCGUAUCAACAGGAUGGCCCUGGAAAGUGAGUUUGUAUCAUGUCAACUUCAUCAGUGGAUUGACCUUAUAUUUGGCUACAAGCAACGAGGACCAGAAGCAGUGCGUGCACUCAAUGUUUUCCACUACCUAACAUAUGAAGGCUCUGUGAACUUGGACAGUAUCACUGAUCCUGUCCUCAGGGAGGCCAUGGAGGCGCAGAUACAGAACUUUGGACAGACGCCAUCGCAGUUGCUCAUCGAGCCCCAUCCACCUCGGAGCUCUGCCAUGCACCUGUGUUUCCUUCCACAGAGCCCCCUCAUGUUUAAAGAUCAGAUGCAGCAGGAUGUCAUCAUGGUGCUGAAGUUCCCAUCAAAUUCCCCUGUAACACACGUGGCAGCCAAUACCCUGCCCCACCUGACCAUUCCAGCUGUGGUGACUGUCACCUGCAGCAGGCUGUUUGCAGUCAAUCGGUGGCACAACACAGUAGGCCUUCGUGGAGCCCCAGGAUAUUCUUUGGAUCAAGCCCAUCAUCUUCCAAUCGAAAUGGAUCCAUUGAUUGCCAAUAACUCUGGUGUGAACAAACGGCAGAUCACAGACCUUGUGGAUCAGAGCAUCCAGAUCAAUGCACAUUGCUUCGUGGUCACAGCAGAUAAUCGCUACAUUCUUAUCUGUGGUUUCUGGGACAAGAGCUUUCGAGUUUAUUCUUCGGAAACAGGAAAAUUAACUCAGAUUGUGUUUGGCCACUGGGAUGUCGUGACUUGCCUUGCCAGAUCAGAGUCCUAUAUCGGUGGUGACUGCUAUAUCGUGUCUGGGUCUCGUGACGCUACAUUGCUGCUGUGGUACUGGAGUGGUCGACAUCAUAUUAUAGGUGACAAUCCGAAUAGCAGUGAUUAUCCAGCUCCUCGUGCUGUUCUAACUGGUCAUGACCAUGAAGUUGUCUGCGUGUCAGUCUGUGCAGAGCUGGGACUUGUUAUUAGUGGUGCUAAAGAAGGUCCUUGUCUGGUACACACAAUUACUGGAGAUUUGCUGAGAGCCCUGGAAGGAACAGAAAACUGCUUGUAUCCUCGCUUAAUUUCUGUAUCUAGUGAAGGUCACUGCAUCAUCUACUAUGAACGAGGACGGUUCUUUUGGUUCAGCAAUUUCAGCAUUAAUGGCAAACUCUUAGCUCAGAUGGAGAUCAAUGAUUCAACCAGGGCCAUCCUCCUGAGCAGUGAUGGGCAGAACCUGGUGACAGGGGGAGACAAUGGUGUAGUGGAGGUAUGGCAGGCCUGUGACUUCAAGCAGCUCUAUAUUUACCCUGGCUGUGAUGCUGGCAUAAGAGCAAUGGAUCUGUCUCAUGAUCAGAGAACUCUCAUUACUGGCAUGGCUUCUGGCAGCAUUGUAGCUUUUAAUAUAGAUUUUAACCGGUGGCAUUAUGAACAUCAGAACAGAUACUGAAGUGGAAUGAAGAACUGAAAGCCCAGGUAAAGCUGAGAGCACAAGUGCUGCAAUGAAAGGUGUAGUCUCUGGUGGUAAACCACGUCUGCAUUGACCUCCGUUGUACAUUCCAUUACACCCAGCAAUAGCUGUACAUUGUAGUCAGCAACCAUUUUACUUUGUGUGUUUUUUCACAACUGAACACCAGCUGCUGAAAAGCAAGCUUGUUUCAUGUAAAUUAUAUGAAUUAGGAGAUGUUUUGGUAAUUAUUUCAUAUAUCUUUGUUUAUUGAGAAAAGGUAGUAGGAUGAGCCAAAAGAGACUUUUGAAAAUUCUGGGGAACCUUGUGUCUGUUUGUUCCAAUGUUUAGGCUUUGAACCUAACAUGCAUCCCAUCUCCAGCCUCUUUUCAAGCUGAGAUAAAAAAAUACGUUUGAUACUUUGUACAUCAGAUGCACAUCUUAACUUUAAAGGGAUACUUUUGUAAAAGUAAAACCUUGUAUAAAGAACAAAACUGUUUCUUAAUUUUAUUGUGGAGUUACAACUUGCAUGUACUUUAAACCUGAUGUCUUGAAGGAACAGGUGCGUUCACACAAAUCGAACUGGAGAUCUGUAUAAAGGUACAGCUUGUGUUAAAGGGUUGAAUUUGGGUGCAAACAGUAAUUUUUACAUUUCCAGCAACACAUGUUUUUCACUUUUCGAAUCUCAACUUUACCCCUCUUAAGUGGAGUUCUGCUCAUGAAGCAUUUGGAUAAAAAGCCAUCAUCUGCCAUAUUUAUACAAUACAAAUUAAAUUCCUCCCUUUUGAAUUCAAAGACUAGACAGAAAGGGAGCAAAGAGGAAAGUUCAUUUUAAUGUUUUGUAAUUCUUAAUGACUCCCAAUACAGACAACGUGCUAUACUUAUGGAUUAUUAACAUUUAGCAUACAAACCAUGGGUGAGAGCCCCCAGUAAUUUAUUGUUUUCCCCUUACUUUUCCUCUGAGCAGAUUAGUUUAUUUGACAGCCUUAGCUUCAUUGUGAAGGUGACUGAGGUUAUUCUUUUUGGUUCUUCUGAAAAUCUCACCUGAAGCCACUCAGACUAAGGCACUUCAUAUUUUACAAUACUGUAAUUAUAACUAUUGGAAUAAUUUUCUGCACAUUGUACUGAUCAAAUUACACACCCAGGGGUAUAUACACUUUAAUUCAUGUUUCUUCUUUGUAUAUUUGGUGACUGUAUUGUCAUAGAUGUACAUAUUGUGUCGGUAGGGCUAUGAGGCAUGUAACAGGAAUGUAAUUUUCUCAGAAUUUACACUCACUUGCAGUCAUUUAUUUAAAAAGAUAAUGGAUUCUUUGUAUUGGCACUUUGCACCAGAAACAUAUCAUUAUUUAUUGAUGUGAUUACUUAUUUGUUACCCACCUUGUAUUAGUAAGUUUAGCACUGAAUUUCCUUCUUCAUUGUUGUUUGUAUUUAUAAGAUUCCAAAAUCACAGGGAUCAACGUAAUGAUUAAGUUAUUCAUCACCCGUCUGUAAGCAAUAUCCUGAGUUUGUAGCUUAGAAUUGGGAGACUAUUGAACAUCUGGAAGACAAGUUCAUUUCAUCUUGAGAUCAUGGUGAAAUAUUUUGGAUAUAUAAAUUCCUUAAGCUAUUGUAACCAUGUUUUAUUGCAAAGAUGUAAAAUAUGCCAGAUGUGUGUGAGUUGGAAAUCAAAAAGAAAAAUAAAAUAUGCAAAG